GGCCCUUGCCCUGAGACCCAAGAAUGGAAUGCGACCUGGCCUGCUGGGUGUGGUGGGAGCCUAGGAGCAGCUGCCCUAUUGGGGCGGGAGCAGGCUGGGCCGGCACCACUGUGGAGUGACGCUCUGAGGGUGGCUCCGGCCCAUGCAGCCAUAUUCUCCUCACGGGUGGCUCCUACCUGUGCAGCCAUGUUCUCGCCACGCUGAGCCCUCGGAGGCCCAUGGGGAGUCCCGGGCCUGCAGUCCUACUCCUGGCUCUCCUGAUCCUCAGCAACUUCACUGUCUCCGCCCAAACCGGCUUUCCUUUCCUGCCCCCACGAGGACCCCGGUGCCGACUCGCUGCCAGUACAAGAGCCCCCAUCAGCCCCGCUCUGCCCCGACCCUGCCUUUAGGGCAGCGGUGCCCACUGGCCUGGCGUUGCCCACCUUGUCUCCACAUCCGUCUUGUUCUGGACACCUCAGGGUUUUGGAGUUUCCAGGGUGUUGAGCUCUACUUCUUGGUGCUGAAAUCCAAUGUGUCCCAUAAACUGCAAUUCAGCUGGAGAAACAGGACACCAGUUGCUGGCCAGUGGAAGGUGCUGUGUGACUGCUGUCUGGGCCGGCAGGGACACCGCAUCGCCGUCUCCCUGUCCACCAGCUCCAGCUCCGGGCUGCGCCUGAAACGGACCCAUUUCGUCACUCCACAGAUGGUGGAAGAAACCUUCCCCCAGGACGAGCGAGGCCUUCAGUUGGCAGAGUCCUCAAAGCACAUCGGGCCCAAGUUUUCCUUUGUGCUGCUGCCCGAGGAGCGGGUGGUGCAGGUGUCCAUCCCCCUGGGCCCCAGGGUCUUGGUAAGACUCUGUCACCAACUGCAACUGGAGUGUGAGGAGCUGAGCCGCCCAUUCCACCGGCAGGAGAUUGUGCCUGGGGGUCACACGGUAGCACUGCCCUAUGAGUUCCUGCUCCCCUGUCUCUGCAUUGAGGCGGCAUACCUGCAGCAGGACAGCGUGAGGAGAAAGGAGUGUCCCUUCCGGAACCAUCCCGGAGUCUAUGGUACCGAUUUUUGGCAGUCGGUGGAGUUCGUGGACCACAGUAAACAGGACCAGAUGGUCGUGGCACUGACCUUGCGCUGCCCGGUGAAGCCCAAAGCCUCCUUGUGCCAGAGACAGAGCACGUCUUCACCUGUGCCCUGUGAAGAUCUCCCCAAUGCUACAGUCAGCGAGUCAGAAGGGUGGUACACUUUGGAGAAAGUGGACCUACACCCACAGCUCUGCUUCAAGUUCUCCUUGGAUAACAGUAGCCAUGUUGAGUGCCCCCAUAGGAGCGCCCCGACCUGGAACACAAGUGCAGACACCUGGCCUCAACAGCUAGUCCUGCACUUUGUCUCCAGAAUGCCCGCUGCAUUCAGUGCUGCCCUGUGCCGCCCAGGCAUUGAGUUUUGUGAGCUGCAGCCCCCGAUCUACACAGUCUCCCAGCCCCACGGCACUAACCAGGUGGAGUCCGAGCUCACACUGCCCUUACGGAGCCCAGGGAGCUGUGUACUGGUGUGGCGCUCAGAUGUCCUUUUCUCCCAUCGUCAGCUCCUGUGUCCAGACGUCUCUCAUAGACACUUUGGACUCGUGGCCCUAGGGCUAUUGAUGGGGGCUGCCCUGGUGGGGACAAUUCUGAUGGUGAAUGGCUGUGGCCUGCGGAGGCCGCUGAGAGGUCCUCACCAGCCCCGCCCGGUGCUGUUGCUGUAUUCAGCCGACUCGGAGGCUCAGCGGCACUUGGUGUGUGCCUUGGCGGAGCUGCUGCGGGAGGCCCUGGGUUGUGAUGUGAUCUUGGACCUGUGGGAAGGGGCCCACGUGGCCCACGUGGGGCCGAUGCCCUGGCUGUGUGGCGCCCGGAAGCGUGUGGCCCAGGAGCGAGGCACCGUGCUUUUGUUAUGGAGCCGGGGCAGUCACCGGCUCUACCGCUUGUGGCAGGCUGAUGCCCGGGACUCGGCCCGCCGGGCCAGCCAGGAUCCGCACGACCUGUUCCGUGCCGCCCUGAGCUGCCUGCAGCGGGAGUUUGGAGGUGGGGUGGGUCCCCCGGCUCCCCCCGCGGCCAUUCUGGCCUACUUCGGUCGGCUCUGCUCCAAACGGGACAUUCCCCAGCCGCUGCGCACGCUGCGACGCUACCGCCUGCUGCGGGAUCUGCCCGGCCUGCUCCGGGCCCUGCGCGCUCAGCCGGCCUCAGCCCGGGAUCCUGACCCUGACCCUGAUUCCUCCUGCUGGCUUCGGGCUGCACUAAGGCUACAGGCCUGCCGGCCUCUGGGCUCAGAGAGGAGUCACCACCUGCGGGGCCGCCUGGAGCUAUGCCGCCGGCUGCAACGGGAGGCAGCCCGGCCCGACCCUACACUGGGCUGAGCCCGAGGAAGCAGGCAUUCACGUAUGGCUCCUCCCUCCUUCCCUCCCCUGGACUGUGGGGGUGAGGGGGGCCCCACAGGGCCCCAAAGGAACUAGCCCCCAGCAGGGAGAGAUGGUAGCUGGGCUUUGGCCCACAACAGGGGCCCCAGCACGGAGACCGCGGCCUUGGACCCGCGAGGAAGUGACGAGGACUGAUCGCUGCCCCCGCUCCACCAGAAGGACUGCACUGGAGCUGGUCUGGGCUCCAGUUCUAGCAAGAAGCAAGAAGGGGGCAAGGGGAAGCAGAGAGGGGACGGCCUGGCAGGGGUUGGCAUGAACAAGAGAAGGGGCAGAGCUGGAGCCAGGCUUCCUGCAGCCCAACUGGGCUCCUAGCCGGGCCUGAAUUGGGCCUAUUCCAGUUCCUCCACGCUGCCCUCUGGGGCUAACUGGUUCUGGAUUGGGAACACGGCCUAGGUGGGGGAUCUGGCUGCUUCUUGGGAGCUCCAGGAGCAAAUCUGGUUCUGACACGCGUUAGCCAAUCACCAGCAUCGCUGUGACCAACAUUGGUGUCAUCAUCGUUAUCAUCAUCAUCAUCAUCAUCAUCAUCAACAAAGAAACAUGGACGGCCUUCUGGGUUCGUGGCAGCCCUGGGGUGGGUGACUGUGCAGAGAAGAUUCUUGGCCAAUCUAGAAAGGAAACCAGGCUGACUGUAAUAAAGAUGAACAUGAACCCA